CUGGUCCGUCACUUGUGCGAAUCAAUCCUUUGCUUCCUGCAUCGGCUGUCUGCUUCAACCUCAAACUCGCCACACAUCAAGGCUUAUUUUUAUUGCCUUUGGUCCCGUCAAGCUUGUCGGGCCGCUCAUCCCGUCCCAUGGGCGCUGGCUGUCGUAUGCGGGAACCCGUCACCGCCAGCAUUGAUUUCGAUUGCGAGUACAUUUUGUGCGAGGGAGGAAGUGACUGAUGUCCAGUCGACCGCCGCCUCCGCAUUCUCAGUCUACCCCUCCGGUGCUGUCUUCAUCGCCGUUGACCUUACCGAUACACCCUGGCAGAGCUGCUCCUUUUCCCUUGUCCAUGGCGGAAACUCAAGCUGCACAUUUUAACCCUUAUGCCCUGCCUGCAACAUCUGGUCCUGCGCAUAGUUAUGCUCGAAAUCCACAGCCCCCAGCGCCUGUUCAAUUGACUGAACUCUCAAUUCCGCCUUAUCCUCCUCGAUUACAACAGCAAAUUCAGUCGUCUCGCCCUCCGCUGAUUCCAGGCUCACGGCCCACGCCGGUGUCGGCACGCUACGAUCGAUGGCCGUCAGUACCAUUGGAGAGGAUCCUCACAGAUCAACCCUACGCUUCACCCCCAUCAGGCUCAGCUACUUCGCAGUAUGGAGUCACUACUUCCCCUACGAAUAGCUGGACCGAUCAGUCCACCAUACGGAAAGCAGGUGAGAGACCGCUAGGAGAAUCGACGCCGAUUAUUCUUAACCGGCCGGUGUCUCUUCUGGCGCCUGAGCUCUUGGCACGUCAGCCUGAGCAACCAUUUCCCUCGCCUGACUACACUCCGAGGCGCGGCUCAGUCAAUUCAGCGCGAGGAUCAGGCUCUGUGUCGACAGGAUUGCCGCCGUCUCUGCAACCGCUACCAAUAUUUGGCUCUCAAAAUACUUCCAUCAAGGAUCCGUGAGCAGUGAAUCCUGCCAUUUAAAAUCCGACUUUUUUGCUGAUAGACUCGCAGCAGCGGUCGCUUCGAGAUCAUUGUACGCCAACAGCCACUUGCCGCUCGAGCCUGUGGCUUUGGCGAGAGAGACCGACGGGUAAUCGAUCCGCCCCCCAUAGU